ACCUGAGGAGACUGACCUGGGAGCACAGACAGAGAAAGCAAGAACCACAUAGACCAGACAAGAAACUGCUCAACAGGAGAGAGAACAGUUAAAGAACCUAAAUAAGGUUAAAUAACCUGAGGGAAAGAAAGACAGAAAAAAAGAGAUAAAGAGAGAGGAAAAAGAAAGAGGGAGAGAGAAACCGCAGGGGAUAGCGUGGAGCAGCAGGUCAGGGGCAAAAAGCUCAAGAGUUCAACAUUCCAGCUCAAGUUACCACAGCACCCAGGGAGAAAGAAGGAGAGAGAGGGACAAACUCGCAAACAUAGUGCGAUCCAGCAAGUAAGAGAGAGACACAGGUAUUGGAGGAAGCUCUGUGCAGGCAGAGAAACCCUUUAACAGCGUAAGUGCAACAUAACCCCCCCCAGGAUGUGGCUCCAGGUAGCUCUGUGUCUGUCCUGUCUGCUGCUGGGGAGUCAAGGGCAGGAGAGAGCUGCUUUCCACAGGACCAAUGACCGAAACAGCCGCUGCCAGUACACCUUCACCGUGGCCAGCCCCACUGAAGCCAGCUGCCCCACGGUAGGCGGAGGGCCGGAGGUGGAGGCGCUGAAGUCACGCCUGACCCUGCUGGAGGCGCUGGUGAACCGCCUGGUGGGAGGGGAGGCGGGGGCGGUGGCAGGCGCAGGGCCAGACACAGGGCUGCAGGAAGCCUACGUUCAGGUGAUGGAGGAGAAGACCCAGCUGCAGAGAGACAAAGAGCGGCUGGACAGGCAGGUGCAGGACCUGCAGAGGAGGCUGGAGGAGCUGCGUCAGGAGACGGAGAGGCUUCGGGCGAGACCCUGCCAGCAGCCCCCGCCUCCCAGCGCCCCGCUGCAGGACCAGAGACCAGCCAGCGGGUCAAACAUCCUCUCCCACCUGGUGUCCGGGACCACGGGACAGAGUGAGACAGGCGGGGCGAGAGACCCUGCCUGGCAGUUGGGUGGCGCUGGGUAUCAAGAGGUAAAGGCAGAAGUAACAGAGGUACCGGCACCCAGUCAGAACAGCACAGGCUGCGGGGAGCUGGUGUCAGUGCGGGAGCCCGAGUCCCACCGCAUGGCGGACAGCAUCGCUGGGAAGUACGGGGUGUGGAUGCAGGACCCCGAGGCCGUGACCCCUUACGGACCCAAGAUGCUGUGGCGCAUCGACACCGUGGGCUCGGAGGUGCGGCAGCUCUUCGGCUACGAGGACAUGGACCAGCUGGUCCGGGGCUUCCCCACCAAAGUGCUGCUCCUGCCGGAGCCCGUAGAGAGCACAGGGGCCACCAUGUACCGCGGCUCCCUCUACUACCAGCGCCGCCGCAGCCGCACCCUGCUGCGCUACGACCUGGCCACCGAGAGCAUCGCCGCCCGCCGGGACCUGCCGCACGCCGGGUUCCACGGCCAGUUCCCCUACUCCUGGGGAGGGUACACCGACAUCGACCUGGGUGUGGACGAGCAAGGCCUGUGGGCCAUCUACAGCACCAACAAGGCCAAGGGCGCCAUCAUGGUGUCCCAGCUGGACCCCAACAGCCUGGAGGUGAAGAGGAGCUGGGAGACCAAGAUCCGCAAGAACACGGUGGCCAACGCCUUUAUGAUCUGCGGCCGCCUCUACACGGUGGCCAGCUACACCUCCCCCAACACCACCGUCAACUACAUGUAUGACACCGCCACCGGCCAGAGCAAGGCCAUAGCUCUGCCCUUCCGCAACCGCUACCGCUACAACAGCAUGAUAGACUACAACCCCGCCCACAAGAAGCUCUACGCCUGGGACAACUUCCACAUGGUCUCCUACGACGUUCGGCUGGGCAAGCUGGAGGGCAACUGAGCCGCGAAUAAAGCUCCACUUAAAACGCUCAUGCGUCGCCCACACACACACUUUCAACACAGCAAACAUUUCCUCUCCCAGUUUCCCUCUCCAGCGUUGAUGAUCCGACUCCUUUUCCAGCCACGCUUCACAGACUGAAAGCUAUUAUCACCACUCUCGCCUCGUGUGUUCAGCAUCACGGCGGAAAUCACGAAAACGCAUCAAAUCACUGACUGAGAUGAAAGCUUUUGAAGAAAACUACAGUAGGAACUGAGCCCCUACGGUGCACUUGUCUCAGAAGGAAGGCUUUGCUGGCGGCACAGUCCACUAGUGUUGAAGAUGAAUUAUUUUUCUACCAUGUUUCUUGUUUGUUCGUUAGUGUUUAUGUACAGCACUGAGGGGGUGGGGGGAAUGAUAACAGUCAGGAAUUUUUGUCCCAUAGAGAAAAGAAAUUGUAUAUAGUUCACCUAAAUAUGUGUAUUACAUAUAUGUAUACACCCCAUCCGGAUUUGAUGGGCCCACCUGCUGGAAUUCUUAACCUUCACUGUACAUAAGAUACAAAUGUUCUCUAUAACCCACUCUCCCCUCACUUGUACAUAAUGGGGAAAUGACAUUUUUAAAAUCUACCUGCAGUGUCUUUACUCAGCUUAGUAUUGAU